AUGGCUCAUCGCGGAGAGACAUUCCACAAGGAUGUCAGCUGUAUCGCCGACCUGAAGGCGAUUGGAAGCAAGAAGCUCCCAAAGAUGGUCAGAGAUUACUACAAUGAAGGUGCCAUGGACCUAAUAACACUACGCGACAACGAAGCCGCAUUUGACAGAUACAGAAUCCGCCCACGGGUCCUGGUAAACGUGGCUAACAUCGACACCAGCACAGAGAUACUCGGGACUAAGGUAUCCCUUCCCUUCGGCUUCAGCCCAGCAGCGGCGCACAAACUCGCCCAUCCCGAAGGAGAGCUCGCAACCUCUCGUGCCGCCGCGAAAUACGGUAUUUGUAUGGGCCUGUCCUCAUACUCGACCACCUCGAUGGAAGAUGUCGCCAGUCAAGGCUGCGGGAAUCCAUAUGCGAUGCAGAUGUGCGUGCUCAAGGAUCGGUCACUCACAUUGCAGUUACUGGAACGAGCAGAAAAGGCGGGCUACAAAGCGUUGUUCUUGUCGGUGGACGUUCCUGUUCUUGGGAAGCGACUGAAUGAAUAUCGCAACGACUACCAGCUACCGCAAGAUAUGGAAUAUCCCAAUAUUCUCAGUAAUGGCAGCGAUACCUCCGAUCGCACAGAUUAUGAUGCUAGUCUUGACUGGGAUAGCGCGAUCCCCUGGCUGAGGAAACAUACCAAGCUUCAGAUCUGGUUGAAAGGCAUCUAUGCCCCCGAGGAUGUUGAACUGGCAAUACAACACAAGGUUGAUGGGGUUAUUGUUUCCAACCAUGGUGGUCGCCAACUAGACGGUGCCCCGGCCACGUUGGAUGCACUGCGCGACUGCGCGCCCGUUGCAAAGGGCCGUAUCCCGAUCGCAAUCGAUGGUGGAAUCCGCCGGGGGUCAGAUAUCUUCAAGGCCCUGGCUCUGGGGGCAGACUACUGUUUCAUGGGACGGAUUCCCAUUUGGGGACUUGCUUAUGAUGGCCAGCAAGGAGUGGAGCUUGCUAUUCGGAUAUUGCGCCAGGAGCUGAUGAUCACGAUGGCUCUCGCUGGAUGUCGGUCGAUUUCUGAAAUCCAGAGAAGGCAUUUAUGCGUUCUCCAGCCGGACGGUGUGCUCUCCAAACUGUGA